GAUAUUGAAAUUGAUUUCAUGCGCAUUUUUUAGUUUCAAGUAUUUCAAGUACCAGAUCUAAUUUAUAUACAAUUGGCAAUGGAAAAUACAAAGCAAAUUCCGGAACCCAGGCGAUGUGAAUCAGCUAAAUACAAGUAUAAAAAGUCAUCUUAUGUGGAGAUAUUUGAAGUACUACAAUCCCUACGAUGGGAUGAGAUGUUUUGCGAUUUUAAACUAGAAACCGAUGAUGGAAAAGUUAUAUGUGGUCAUAAAGUGGUUUUGGCUUCCGCAAGUACAUAUUUUCAUGCAAUGUUUAAAAAUUGUGAAGAAAAAAAUCAAUAUCUUGUUAUUAUGAAACAGUUAGAUUCAACCGCUUUACAGUUAUUAGUAAACUUUAUUUACUCCGGAGAAAUCACAGUGACUGAAAAUAAUUUACAAGUUUUAUUAGAAGCUUCAAAUAUCUUACAGUUACAAGAAGUAAAAGAAGCAUGUUCUGAUUUUCUACAAACACAAAUGUGCCCUAAAAAUUGUAUUGGUAUAAAUGCGUUAGCUGAUUUACAUAGCUGUACAAAAUUGUUAAGAAGUUCAGAAUUAUAUAUUCAGCAACACUUUUCAGACGUGGUAGAAGGAGAUGAAUUCUUAUCCUUAUCACCCGAACAAAUGGUUAAGUUGAUCGCAUGUGAUGAGUUGAAAGUUCCAUCUGAAGAAAAUGUAGGUGAUCUAAAAUGUAUUAUUAUUUUAUUUUAGAAUAAUGGAAGAAAUAUGAUUUAACCUACUUCCACAUAUACAGUAUAAUACAUUUAUAAUAAUAUUGAUUGUUGUAGGUAUAUGAAUCUGUAAUUCGAUGGGUAAAAUAUGAUUUGGGUUCCAGAAAAUGUAUCUUGCCCCAAUUAAUGGAACAUGUGCGUUUACCAUUAACAUCCAAAGACUACAUAUUAAAAAAAAUAGUUAAGGAAUCUCUUGUUAAUAAUUGUC